CGCCCCGGCCCGGCCGCACUACAGCUCCCGGGGAGCCCCGCGCGGCUGCGACACCGGCGCGACAGCCCCGCGACAGCCCCGCGACAGCCCCGCGACAUCGCGGUGACAGCAGCAGCAGCGGGGACGCGCCGGGCCCCGGCCCCUGGCACCGGCACCAUGCAGAUGACCUUCUACUUCUCGGACACGGUAGUGCUGCUCUUUGACUUCUGGAAUGUCCACAGCCCCGCAGGGAUGGUGCUCUCAGUGCUGGUGAUCCUGCUGCUGUCCGUGCUCUACGAGGCCCUGAAGAUGGGCAAGGCCGUGCUGCUGCAGCGGGCACUGCUGGCCCUGCCCCGCAGCCUCAGCCAGGAGGGGCUGAGCGAGCCCCAGGAGGAGGAGGACAGCAGGGACAGCAGGGACAGCAGGGACAGCAGCCCUGCGCAGGGCAGGUGGUUUUGGUUCCACGUGGCCCAGACGCUGUUCCACGUGCUGCAGGUGGUGCUGGGCUAUAUGGUGAUGCUGGCUGUCAUGUCCUACAACGGCUGGAUCUUCCUGGGGGCCAUUGCUGGCUCCACGCUGGGCUAUUUCAUGGUGUACCCCCUGCUGGGCCGGGGCUAGUGU